AAGAAAAGUGAAAAAGUUGAUGAUAAUAUAGCGUCUAUAAUUGGCAGUCUUCUUUUGCUACCAAAGAUGUAUCACCUCUCCAGUAAACUUGUCCCAUCGUCGUGCGAUGCUCUCUGCGAAUAUGUGCGUCACCAUCCAAAAAUAUCCGUGACCAGCUUAUUAGUACCUUUCCUUCAAAUUUGUCCAGAAACCAAAGAACAGCAUGUAGAUUUACUAAUACAGUUGACAGAAAAUUGUUCAUCGCCUCUAUCUUCACAGCUACUAAAUGCUCUAUCCUCAAGAGAAGUCGUGAGUGAAGUUGAUUUGGACAUUUUCCAGCACUUGUGCAAGAAAGUUGACCCACAAUCGGAAACCAAUCAUACGGCAGUUCUCACUUUUCUCGGGAAAGCUGUGAAGAGUCACCAUGGAUUAGUCAAGUAUGGCCAGUGCCUUUUGUACAUUGUUAAACACAUGGGUAAAUUCAUCACAGAUGAAGAUGCUCUGCAGUCUGUGGUCAAUGGCCACACCUCUGGCAUGAAAAAAGGCAUACAGAUCCAGCUCAAGAAAGUUUUGCAGAAUAAGUGAUACUGGAUUUAAGCAUCUGAGUGCCUGGAAUUGAGCAGUAUGAGCCAAGAAGUCAUCAAAAGAAGUCUUCAUCUCAACUAGGAACCUCUUAUCACAAGACAAGAGUUGACUGUGAAGCUGUGCGGAAGAAUCCAAAUGGAAAAGGGUUGGAUGGACACUUAGCGUAAAGCAAUACGUCCUUACGAUGUACACACCACUUGUAUAAAAUGCUCAAUUGCUACUUCGACCAGGAAGACCAUGUGCAGCUGUUCACAGUUCUUAUCUGACAAAUCUAAGAAAGAAGUCUGUAAGGGUCACCAAAAUAUGUCGCCCAACACUUGAUAAGCAGCUAACACAAGGUGAAUCUUUGUGGAUCUGAAAGUCAAAGCUACAUACUAACUUCAAUGUGGUUCAUCAACUCUGCUGUACUAAAGGUUUUCUGCAGUGGCAGCAUUUUCAUCUUGCUUGAGUUUCAUUUCAGGCUGUUCUAUGAGCAAGAGUCUGUGCUGACAAGUGCCAGUUUGAAAAACAACAAUAAUAGGUUUUCUACUAAACAGCCACUAUUUGCUCUAUUCUGCACUCCAAUUAAAAUCCCAGAAUAUCAAUCCAAUGUAGUAAAUUCCUUGGGUCUUCAGAUAAGUCAAGAAAUUCUCUGCAUUAUCCUCUCACUGUACAGCUUCCAGUGGAUCUUUUUGUAGCAAACCUUUAGAGACAACAGGCUUGAUCACCUGGUAUGCAGAUGCAUAAUCUACUUUUCUCAAGGGUCUGAAGCACAUAAGGUUACAUUUUCCACAAGAAAAGGCUGUAAUGGUAAAGGGAAGUGAAAGUUUAUGACUCAUCAGUCAACUGAUUCCUCAUUAUGAAGACUUUAUUUUAAUUACAGUAUAAAGUGAGGCCCCUGCUCAUUCUUUAAAGGCAUGAUCAUGGCUCAAAUUCUGCACAACUUACCGACAUGACUGGAAGGGAAAAUUGUAACAGAAAAAAAGUUCCAAUGAAAAGAUCCUCCUGCAAUGCUAUUCCUGAAUUUGCAUUGGCCUAACAAUACUGGCUCUCCUGCCUCUUAAACCGAUACUGUACGACAUUUUUCACCUAUAUAUUUGCUCCAUAAUAAAAUUAUUUUUGAUACCACACUUGAUAUUGUAGAUAUUUUGUUUUUCCCCAUAUGAUAUGCGCUGCAUAAUUAUUUUGAUACAAAUCAUUAUAUACUGUUAAAGAUUUCCAGCUUCUUUACCUGUUUGUAAAUUGUGAACUCUAUUAUUUUUGCAUUCCUUGAUGUGUGCCCACUGGUUAAUGACAGUGGGCACUAAGAUGGAGGGGUAAAAACAUGAAUAUCAUGCACCUUCCUUUCAAUGUAUUUUGGUAGUCCAUCACUAUCUCUGCGAGUACAUACUCUAACUUGUUAAAAAGAUAUCCAAAUACUAUCCUUGCUUGUAAAAAUUGGAGAAGCUAAAUAUUCCUGCAUGUUUUUCCUACCUAAUUCCUAGUCUAAGCCUGUACACGUGCAUGAGUUAGUAAUUUACUACUAUGAGGAGCAAGUUAUUAUAUAACUGCCUGGUUAUAUUAAUAAAUGUACUAAUACUACUGUCUUGUUCUUAAACUAUUUUCCUC